ACAAAGACGUUUUUGUUUUCGCUUAUUCAAAAAUUUUUCCAUUUUUGUUUUGCUGGAGAUCUGCUCGUUGCUUUGGAUUCUCCUCGAUCCAUAAAGAAGAUUGAUGACCAACAGCUGGGGUUUCUUGCCAAUUUUCUUGGUAUUUUUAUAUUUGCGCUGGUAAUUGCUUACCAUUAUGUGAUGGCUGAUCCAAAAUAUGAAGGAAACUGAAACCCUGUACUGAGCUAAUAUAUGCACCUUUUAGAUAAGAACUUAGUUUAUGUUUGUAACAUGUUAGUUUUCUUUGCAUGAUUGAACUGCAACUUUGUUUUUCUACUAAAGAUUGAUCUA